AUGAAGUUAAAAAAAGAUUUACAAGAAAAGUUUCUAAGUGAAAUUUCGAAAUUAUAUAAAUUUGGAAAUGAUUUUAAUGUAAAUAUAUUUGUGGGAGUUGAACCUAAUAUUAAAGUGUUUAAAGCACAUUCAUUAGUUUUACGAGCAAGGUCAUCCUAUUUUCGAGAAAUUUAUUUGUACGGAAUUGAAGAAUUAAUUGAUCUCCUUUUGGCAUCUGAUGAAUUAGCUCUCAUCGAACUUGUAGAAUAUAUUCAAUUUCGUGUUACUUGUAUGGAAAUUAAAGAAUCUAAAAUUAGUAGACCUUGUUAUAAAGAACGCGCUAUCAAUGAUGAUUGGGGUUGGAAGAUUGGUUUUGGAAAAGGAGAUUUGCAAAUAUUUCUAAGAGAAUGUCAACAGAAAGAUUAUGAUUUUAGUAUAUUUCAAGGUGAAUUUGAAAUUGAAGAAUAUGAAGUGUUAAAAUUGGUGACAAAUAUAUGUCCAAAAUUUAUUCGACAACAAGCUAAUGAAAGAUAUGCUUCAAUUCGUGAAUCAAUGUUUCCAUUAGAAGAAGCAGCCAAACAAAUUGUUUACAUUGAUACAUUAAUUAAUAUUCUUUCUGAACAAGGAUUUGAAUUUAAGCAAAAUAUUGAUGGAAAUCAUCAUUUAAUUGAUAAAAUCGAAAGAAAAGAAUUUGAAAUUUGUUUUUUGGAUAAUGAUAGCGAUAGUAAUAAUAGUGAAGGAGAAAAAGAUGAUAAUAAUUAUAGUGAUAAUGAUAAUGGUUUAGUGAAAGAAGGAAUUAAUGGAUUUAGUAAAUUUCCUCAUGAAAUUAUGUUGAAUAUUAUGGAAUAUUUAAAUCCUACUGAUAUCAUUUCACUUGCUAUGGUCAAUAAAAAAUUUAGAUCUCACACAUCAGAUAAUUUUUUAUGGCGACAAAUAUUAAUUAGGGAAUAUGGUGAAAGGGCUAUUCAGGAAGAACCAAGACAAACUGCUAUUUUUAGAGGUUAUCCUGGUGCCUUUUAUAAAUAUCGAUAUUUUGAUUGUAAAGUCAAUGAUGCAAGGGAAUUGGAAUUUAGGAAUAACAAUCGGAUUCGACAAAAUCAACGAGCAUACGAUAUCGAGAUGACUAUAAGCAGUGUCCCUCCUGGAGAUUAUGACAUCUUAUGGCGUAUGAGGAUUGAAAAAUCUUCAUGUAAACCGAUUGUUACUUUUUCAACUGAUAUUUGGCUGCGCAAGGAGCAAUAUGAAGAUUAUAGAUAUCAAGUACAUACUGGAAUUAAUUGUCAUUUGGAAAGUGAUGAUUAUUUUGGUUCUAGGAAGAAAAAUUUAAAAGUUGAUAGUGUAUGCCUUAGACCACACAUAUCAUACGAUUUAAUUCAAAAUUCCGCAGCAGAUGAAAUUUAUUUGACAGCUUCAGAUAAUCAUAAUAAUGAUAUUUUACCUGAUGAAAAUAGAAAUGAUUCUGUAUAUAAUGAUAAUUAUUUAAAUACACUAAGCAGCAUUUGUGGAAAUUAUUAUACUAAUAGAAGAAAUGAUGAUGAGAGAAAUGAUGGGAGAAAUUAUGAUGGGAGAAAUGAGAAUAAAAAAGAAAGAAGAAGGAAGACGAUUUCAAAAGUUAUUUCGUGUAGUUCAAACUAUUUGAGUGAAUGA